AUGUCAAAGAAAGUCGCCGUCGUCACCGGCUCCAAUAAAGGCAUUGGAUUUGCCAUUGUCAAAGGACUCUUGAAAAGAUUCAAAGGUGUCGUAUAUUUGACGUCAAGAGAUGAUGCAAGAGGUAAAGCGGCCGUAAAUCAACUUAACGAGCUCGAGCUUUAUCCAGAAUAUCAUCAACUCGAUAUAUCAGACAGAGAAAGCGUUCUUAAAUUCAGAGAUCACAUAAGAAACCAACAUGGCGGUAUUGAUAUUUUGGUUAAUAACGCUGCGGUUGCAGACGGCCUCCUAGGCUUAAAUAACACAUAUGACCAAAGUAAGAACACUAUAAACAUUAAUUUCUUCAGCGUUUUAACGGUUCAGGAGCUACUUUUCCCCUUGGUAAGGGACAAUGGACGGAUUUUGAACAUAUCUAGCGAUUGCGGACAUCUUUCAAAUAUCAGAAACAAAUAUUGGAUAGAGAGAUUGUCCAACAAGAACCUAACAGUGAAUGAUAUAAAAGAGUUUGCGAACUGGUAUUUGGAAUCAUUUAAGAAUGGAACUUUCAAUAAAGCUGAUAUCGCUGAUGGAGGAACUGUAGCUGCUUAUAGAGUGUCAAAGGUGGCUUUGAGCGCGCUGACGAUUUUGCAACAGAAAGAAUUGGCUUCCAGAAAUAUAGCAGUAAACUCUAUGCACCCAGGACUAGUCAAAACUGAUAUGACUACGGGUAUAGGCUUUUACGACAUCGACCAGGCAGCAGAUACUCCUCUUUACUUACUUCUAGAGGCGCCUCAAGAUCUAAAAGGUGCAUAUGUUUGGUAUGACAGAAGAAUACUGGACUGGUAUGAUUAUAAUGCGGAUUACUAUUUCAAAUCAAAAACUAUCAUGGAAUAA